AUGGCUAGCCAAUACGCAAGCUCCACGACGACACAAAACAGGGACAAUGACGCCUUGGAUCCCGACCUCGAGACGCAGCGGAACAAGGAAGAACCGCAAGCCGAGUCGUCACGCCUCUCUGACGUGCAGUUCCCGGUCACGGACCUCGAUGCCGGCAUCGUGGCCUGGGACGGCCAAGAUGACCCCGAGAACCCGCAAAACUUCUCGCCGCGCAAGAAGUGGAUGAUCCUGGCACUCAUCAGCGUCAUGACCAUCAUCUCGCCGCUGGCCUCGAGCAUGUUUGCGCCCGCGGUGGGAUACAUGGCGCGGGAGUUUGGCGAGACCAACGAGACGGUGACGUCUCUUUCCGUCAGCAUCUACCUCAUUGGCUAUACGGUCGGACCUCUUUUACUCGCACCGCUCAGCGAAAUCUACGGCCGUCGCGUCGUCCUCUCCGCCGGCAACUGGUUCUUCGUCGUCUGGCAGAUCGGGUGCGCCCUGGCGCGGAACACGGAAACGCUCAUCGUCUGCCGCCUCCUCGCCGGCAUCGGCGGCUCCGCGUGCCUGACGCUCGGCGCCGGCGUCAUCGCCGACCUGUUCGGCGUGCAGCAGCGCGGCCGGGCCACGGCGCUCUGGGCGAUGGGCCCGCUCAUCGGGCCGGUCGCGGGGCCGAUCGCGGGCGGGUUCCUGGGCGAGGCGGCCGGCUGGCGAUGGGUGUUUUGGCUGCUGCUGAUCGCGGGCGGCGUGCUGUCGCUGGUCGUGGACCUGGUGAAUCGGGAGACGUACGCGCCGGUGCUGCUCCGCAGGAAGGCCGCGGCGCUCGCCAAGGAGCUGAACCGCGGCGAUUUGCGCAGCGCGCUCGAGCCUGGGGACGCCGACGUCUCCGCUGCGAGGACCAUCCGCAAGGGAGUUCUCCGCCCCUUGCGGCUCCUUUCCCAGUCUGUCAUUGUUCUGCUCCUCUCGGUCUACAUGGCACUCGUGUACGGCCUCUUGUACCUCUUCUUCACCACCAUCACCUCCGUCUUCACGACGCAGUACGGCUUUUCUACCGGCCUCGCCGGCCUCGCGUAUCUCGGCAUCGGCAUGGGUUUCCUCGUCGGCCUCGUCAUCAUCGGCUCGACAAACGAUGGAAUGGUCAUGAAACUCGCCGCGCGCAACGGCGGCAAGAUGGAGCCCGAGAUGCGUCUCCCCAUGAUGACCAUUUUCGCGUGCAUCCUGCCCAUCAGCUUCUUCUGGUACGGCUGGACGGCCGACAAGCACGUCCACUGGAUCGUGCCCAUCAUUGGCAUGUUCCCCUUUGGCACCGGCAUGAUGGGCGUCUUCAUGCCGGUCCAGACGUAUGUCAUUGACUGCUAUCCCAAGUAUGCCGCGUCGGGCAAUGCCGCGCUGACUGCGACGCGGUCGCUGCUCGGGGCGCUGCUGCCGCUGGCAGGACCGGCCAUGUUCAAGUCGCUGGGACUGGGCUGGGGAAACUCGCUGCUGGGCUUCCUGGCGUUGGCGUUUGUUCCGCUCCCGAUUGUCUUCAUCCGCUAUGGAAAGGCUAUCCGGGAGAGAUGGCCUGUCAAUCUCGAUUGA